CAACAUGCGUCCCAAGGAGCACUCUGAACUGUCCUUUGAUGUCAUCCCAAAGCUGUAUGAUGCCAACAUCAAGGUUUUCCUCACCAGCCUUUUUCGGGUGGAGGAGCAACUGCAGCCCUUGCCCCGGAAGUUCUGCCGGAUGUACACCACCGAACCGCUGGCCCAUCAGCUUCUCGACUACCUGGCCUCGCGGGGCGGCCAACUCUCCAUGCAGAACUUUCACCUGGUGGAGGACUGUCAGCCCUUCGAACUGCAACUCAGUUUUGGCAGGAAAGUGGAGGUGAUGCUCUGCAAUGGCAGCCACCUGAAUAACAGCCUCAUUCUGCUCAUCCGCCGACCCCAGGGCGGAAGACUGCUCUACUGCUACUCGGCGGUGAGGAUGGACAACCUGGGACGGCUGCUGGGUAAUCCGGUUUUCAACUCCUGGAUCAGCAGGGGGACCGAACGGCUUUACCUCAAUCUGUCCUCCGGGGAUGAGCCCUUCGAGCACUUGGACUUCGAGGAAAUGGCCAAGCAGAUUCAAAAAGACUGCAUCCAAAACAACCAUGUGCUCGAGCUGAUGCUGCCACAUUUUGGUUAUGAGGAACUGAUCUGGAAUUUGGGGCACACCCGUCUGUAUGGCCAAAUCCGAUUGAUGGGCACCUUUGGCCAGAGCUACAAGCAUCUCAGCAGCGACUUAAACCGCUUCCAGUGCGACAACAACUCUGUCAAGAUAAAUGUCAGCAUGAUCCUCGACUGUGAGGCGGCCUUGGAAGCUCUGCAUACGGACUCGGAGUCACGCACUGUGACCCUGCCCCUUCAUCAGCUCAAGUGGACGCCACUGCCCACCCGGAUGCAUCUCCGGCAGAUGUGCAGCCUACUGCGUCCUCAGCACAUCGACGGGAUUGUGACGUUCCACUCGGCCGGAAAUAUUCCCCAAGUUCCGGAGUUUCUUCGGUGUUUCAAGGAAGCUUUUGUCGAAAAAAGCCAAAAACUCAAGGUGCCCCAAACAAGCCCAAAGAAAGUCGGUGCUCCAGCAAACUCCUAUCGUGUACUAAAAAAGAAUCCAAUUACUUUUGCAGACGAUGGCAGCGAAUCGGAUUAAAGAUAUAAUGUAAUUUUUUCAAUUAUUUUAAUCAUUUAAAUCAUUACCUUAAUAAUAAUCACUCUAAGCUACUUUUGAAUUAUGAUAAUUUGUUUAAGGAUUACUUUUUUUUAUAGUAUUUAAGCUAAAAAGUCGAUUACUAAAAACAAACAUGUAUUAUAUAAACAGAAAAUAAAGUCCAAAAA